CGUAGGUUAUAUCUCCCGUCUAAUAUUUUGUGCAAAAAAAGUUUUGAAUGACUUAAGUGAUAAUUGACUCUUUACAAGGUUUAUUCCAGAGUGCAACAUGUCAGUAAUAUUCGGCAUUAUUCGAUUUAAUGAAGAAAACAACCAUACGUGGAUGUUAUCCCCUUAUUCAAUAAAUACAUUUGGAAAAGCAAUGAUCAUAUCGCCCGAAUUUAGAAAUGAUGAAAAAUCAUUUCAAUUGAAAUUCGUAGGACGGUAUAACCCUAAUGGGGUCUCAAUUGGUUGGGACUUGGCGCUAUGUCACUUGAACCCAAACUCAUCAUUACCAUGCAAAUAUAUCAUAAAAGUACUAAAAGAUGGACAAACUUUAAUCCAAAAAUCAGGUGAUUGUACGUUUUCUGCGAAUAAUAAUGAAAUAACUAUUUGCGACAUGGGUGCAAUGUCAAACAUUAAUUAUGAUAUUUCCUGUCGAUUAGAAUUUUUUUCGGAAAAAACUAAGUUUGUUAAAAAAUUGGGAUUAAAAUUUAAUUUUGAGUGGAUAUUUCUCGACAAAAACUUCAGUGAUGUUGUGCUACGAACUGCAAAUGGAAAAGAAAUCCCAGGGCAUAAACUUGUACUUGCUACUGCCAGUCCAGUGUUUAAAGCUAUGUUUAACCAUGAUAUGUUGGAGAAUAAAAGCCAAUCAGUUGAUAUGAUCGAUAUUAGUUAUGAUGCUGCAGUGGAGAUGCUACGAUACAUCUACACCGGUAGUGUUGAGACUAAAGAAUAUUCUUUGGCUGCUGAAGUUUUGGCGGCUGCUGAAAAAUACCAACUUGAAAAAUUAAAAAAUGAGUGCGAACAGAUAUUAAUUUCCCAAUUAUCCACUGAAAAUGUUAUUGAAGCUCUUCAAGUGGCUGAUACAUACAACGCGAAACAUUUGGAAAAAAAAGCUGUUGAUUUCGUCAAACGCAAAAUGAACGAAACAUUGCCUUUGAGCAAAGUAAAGGAUAUGCUCCUUAGUAAAGCGCGGUUAGUUUCGAAAUAAUGUAAAAAUUGGCAGAAAUAAACUCUUUCGUGUCUUCAUCAUA